UAUCUUUGGUAGAGAUGGCCUACCACAACCACCUGACGCAAGAGAUAAACCUCCCACCCUACGCCGACCAUCAUCUCGUCGAAGACUCCCGGAAAUCACCCACCGUCGCCGCCGCCGCAGCUGCCGCCGCCCAGCACCUUGCCGGCGGACCCUCGUGGCUCAACAACGCAACCCUCCGUCAACAAUCCCACCAAUUCGUCGACGGCAGCUUCCUCCACCUCCAAACAACCCCCGCCCCCUUCCGCAGCGCCGACGACGAAGUCCCCGCCUCCAGCGACUCCAUAAUCGUCGCCACCGCUGGCGAUGAAGAUACGCCGGCCGGCAGCGGUGAAGCGGUUGAAGGCACGUGGCAGAGGGCGAGAUACAAAGCAGAGAUACUCGCUCACCCGCUCUACGAACAGCUUCUGUCGGCACACGUGGCCUGCCUGCGGAUCGCCACGCCGGUGGAUCAGCUGCCGAGAAUCGACGCCCAGCUCGCUCAGUCGCAGCAAGUUGUGGCCAAGUACUCUGUUAUGGGCGGCCAGAUGAUGGCCGGAGAUGAGAAGGAACUCGAUCAGUUUAUGACGCACUAUGUAUUACUGCUUUGUUCAUUCAAAGAACAACUACAACAGCAUGUUCGCGUGCAUGCAAUGGAAGCCGUAAUGGCUUGCUGGGAGCUCGAACAGUCUCUGCAAAGUUUGACAGGUGUAUCUCCUGGCGAGGGCACGGGCGCAACUAUGUCAGACGAUGACGAAGAUGAUGAUCAGGCGGAUGGCGAAACAAACUUCUACGAUGGAAGUUUCGAUGGCUCGGACAAUAUGGGUUUUGGCCCUCUCGUUCCCACCGAAAGCGAAAGAUCACUGAUGGAGCGUGUCCGACAAGAACUAAAACAUGAGCUAAAAAAUGGAUACAAGGAGAAGAUUGUGGACAUCAGAGAGGAGAUUUUACGUAAGAGGAGAGCAGGGAAACUCCCGGGCGAUACAACUUCUACUUUGAAAGCAUGGUGGCAGUCUCAUGCCAAGUGGCCUUACCCCACGGAGGAUGACAAGGCAAGGCUAGUACAAGAGACUGGGUUGCAGCUGAAGCAAAUCAAUAACUGGUUCAUCAAUCAAAGAAAGCGAAACUGGCACAGUAAUCCAUCCUCUUCAAGCACAUUGAAGAGCAAGAGAAAAAGGUGACAGGAACAUUAAAUGAUAGAAGGCACAGAAGCUGAAUUGGCGGUGUUUUGGUCUGAAAUUAAAAAAGGCAUCCAACACAAAUCAAUUGAUAUCAAAACAGGAAGGAGGUAGCUCUGAAUGUAACUUGUUCCUACUGUGGAGAUAGUAUGCAAAUUUGUUACAAGCAAGAAGUAAUGUUUGUAUCUUAACGGAAAAAUGAUCCAUGGUUAACAUCACAUGUUCAAAUUUGUUUGCAAACUUUAUACUUUUUUUUCUUAAUUAUCAGCUAAAUUAAAUUUAAUUUUGAUGUUUUGCAUGUUUUCGCUGAGAAAAGUAUAUUGGUGUGGUUGUAUAAUGUGAUGAUGUUUACUGCAGCAUACUAAUGACAGUGUCUAGUAGUUUAUGUUGAUA